AUGGCGUUAUUGCAAGGAUUUCAGAGAUUGCUUCCGGACGAAAAUCGACUAAAGCUUCUGAUGGAAUCGCUUAAAGCCGUUGUCGAGCAAACCAAGGUAGGAUUAGCUAAUGGCGGUUUAGCUUGAAAUUUGGGAGCGGAUAGAAAUAAACUCAAUCCAGGUGUGUGGGAGACGUCAUGAAGCUACAAACUACUUGGGAAAGCCGCAGUGUAGAAGUAGAAGCAACCUUUGUAGCUUUUUAAAUUUCCUUUCUAGGGAGCACUUUGGCUUUCCAACGGGGGCAUUAAUGGAUGCAAAAAGGAAAUCUAUAGAAAUUCCAAUUAGGGAUAACUAUAGGGGUGCAGGCUUGUAUUUUAUUGAUAUAAGCCUAUAAGAAGAAGCAUUUCCAUGCAACAAACUCACGAAAUCGGCGUCUUCAUAAAUGAAAGAAUAUCGAAAAAAGAUCGAAUUUUAUCAGAACGCCUUUUUAAGUUGCAAAUGAUUGUUUGCAAAAAUUUGAAGAUUCCUAUAUGAACCCCUUCAGCUUUGGAAGUCAGACCCUGAACCCCUACAGAGACUACUUCUCCCUAAAUAGGCACUUUUUUCCCUUACCUUUUUCUUUUCAACUCCUAUAGGGACCACUCUCGCGUUCUUAAGUAAUAUAUUUUUUAUUUAUAAAUAAACUAUCUCCUUCUUAUAAUUACAGCAAAGAAAUGUUUGAACAAAUUUUCCUUUUCAUAAUCGACUGCUUCAUUACUUAAAAGUAAAGCUGAAUAUAUUCCUAUUAUAAAUGUAUUCUCGAGACUUGACUUCUGACCAAACCCACGACAUUAAUUGAGUUCCGCUCGGAUUGACGUGCUUUGAGACUUCAAAAAAUUUUAUUAAGGAAAAAAAGUAACCUAAAAAGUGCGAUGACUAAGGAGUAAGUUUUUUUAUCAUUCAGUUUUUUUGUAAUUUUUUUGAUAAACUUGAUAGCCAUCUGCAGAAGUAAAAGUUGGAACAAAAAAACCUCAAAGAUUCGAAUAUUCUUGCUUUUUUUGAAAAAAAUCUCACUCGGUGUUUUCAAAUAUUAUGACUUACGAUUAGGAAAAAAAAACUAUCAAGACUUUUGAAAAAAGAAAAAAAGUCACACUUUUGCUUCAGAAAUUUAUUCGAUGAUAAAGAUAAGACAUUGAAGUUCUUGCUUCUCAGUAGAUAUUUGAACUUUUAGAGCAAGAAUCAAAUCAUCCACCCACACAUCACUUUCAUUUUCUUUCUAAUUUUACUUCACACGCCCCCAAGAAAGCUAUUUUUCUCUUUCUUCCCUCAAAAAACCAUCACGGCGUUCAAGAACAAAAGCGUGUCCGAUAAGAUUGUGAGAGAGCCCACGGCUAUCGGAUUGCGAACGGGGACAUCUUCGGGGUUGAAUAUCUUCAUGGAUUUGAAGGUUGCAGCCAUUUUUGGCAGCAGUAGAAGAAGCCUUAAAAACAUCCCCCACACAAUUUCUCCGCCCACUUCUUUUUCGUCGUGAUUCCAGCCAGCUCCGACUUACGGCUUAUGCGCUAAGAGCAUAAAAUUACGCACCUUUUGUGACACGUCCAAUUCUCGUAGUCGGUCCCCGCCUACCUUAUCCUUCGAUUUCCUGUCCGGCUGCAGCUUGUCACGUCUCGGAAUGCAUCAGAGUCGCCACAAAACUUCACCUAAUCCUCCUCCGGUUGCGUUUUUUUACUUAAAGCCUCAAAUAGCGUCUGAGAUCAAAACUUUUUCAAAAGUUCAAAAAGUUAUAAAUGUUUGAAGGCGUUUGAAGUAGAUUUAUCAAAGUUUUCUUUUGAAAUUAUUAAAAAAAGUAUGAAGAGAUGAAUUCAAAACUUGGAAGCUACACGGCGCCACUUCAAAUGGCUGGAAAUGGAUUUAAUUUUUUUUUUCCUCAUACUCUGACUCCAAGAAAAUUAGCUAUUAUCAUUCCAAAAAACGUUUCACUCUAAAAGAAAAGCCAUCAGAUUUCUUCCUUCACACCCAGAACUUCAAUGACCGCACAAAGAAAGGAAAAAGAAGGACUCGAUUGCAUUUUUUUAACCCUGCGAAGCUACGAAGUUGUUGCUGUAAUUAAAUUAGCUCUCUUGGGUGUUCCUUUGUUAUUUAUGUUUGGAUUUUUUCAAACGAAAGGAAGAACUGUUCAUGUCCUUCACGACUCGAAACUACUAGGAACGUUUUUCUUUCCAGAAGCCUUAGUUUAGAAGCAAAUAUUAAUCUCAAUAGAAAUAUUUAUCAUAAUAAUCUGAAAUUGUACUUUAUGAGAUCUAGAAACACUCGGAAUCAUCGGAAUUAUAAUGAAAACCGAAAAUUGGAAAAAAUAACAAAACCAAUAACUUGCAUAUUUAUUUGAGUGAAAGAGCGUAAAUCUCUGACUUUUCAUGCUCUGAAAUGAUUAUCUGCAAAGUAAUCUAGAGAAGAGAAAAUCAAAUUUAUUGAUAUUUUCGACGAUAACUUAUUGCUUUUUUCAGACACAGAAUGGCGGAAGCUGCAAGAACAAAAUCGAAGGUUUUGUUAGCUUUACAGUAAAAACUCAUGGUUCGAAUUUCAGAAUAUCGGAAAGCCUUCAGCUUUUUUGACGCCAAUAACGACGGAAAAAUUACGACAGAAGAACUUGAGAAAGCCAUGAUUCGGUGUGGUCAGAGGCCUACAAAACUUGAAGUCCGGCUCAUCAUGUACCACGGAGACAACGAUCGUGAGUUCCCGAUCAAUCCUAAAUAUUCAAAUUUCACUCUUUUUUCGUUCUAGUCUCUUCUCUUCUUCAAAUCUUUGGCCGUUGUGCCAAAAAAAAACUGAGAAAAAAAGGCAAAAACUAUAAAAUAUUCUUCUGGCGCACCGACUCGGGCAUUAUUGAAGGUUAUUUUUCUUGAAAAAUUGAUGAAUCUGGUUUUUUCGCAGGAUUUUUGGCUAGAAGCUAGUAUGUAAUUUCGGGUUUGGUCUUCGGAAUGUUCAGAGAACGCGUCGCAAAGUGAAUCAAACUAGUACGCGUGCGCUUAUUGAAAAUCACGACCUACUCGUCCAUGAAAACAAAUUUUCGGAAUAAAAAUGAAGAGAGAAAAAGAUCGAAUAGUCUGGAGGUCAAACAUGUUUCGAAAUUAAAAACUCAAUUUAUAUAAUAAAUAUCAAGCAGCUCAGAAAAAAACUCAAAAACUCACUAUUUUUCAUCAAACUGAUUUUUUUCAAAAAGUUUGUCGCUGAGCUUUUCCUUUUUUUAAACUUUCAAAUGUAUCUACAUACAUAUUUUUUCAUACAGAAAAUGGCGUGAUAACUUUCGAUGAGUUCGCCCAUUUGAUGAACGGUACGUCUCCUAUGAGUCGCUACACUUUUGAACAACUCCGCGACCAAUUCAACAUGUUCGACAAGGUAUUAAUCAUUCUCUAAAAGUGUAAUCCUUCUCUUUCAAACCAAAUGCCAUUAUUAUCAUUAAGCCUAUGCAUCUCUAAAUUGUAAAAAAAAGGAUAAUGUGGGAUGAUUUCACAAAUGACGUUUGAGAAGAACUACAGAGAAAGGGCAAAGUUUGCAGAAAGAAAGGAGAAAUGAUUUCGCUUUGACGUCAAUUGAAUUUUCGGAAAUGAAAAGAGGCUUCCGGGAUUAACUUUGCAAAUAAUAGUUUCGAUUGAAACCCUUGUGAAGACUCAACGAAGCCUUUUUUGAACCUCCACAAGGAAAUGAGAGAAAAAGAGAAAAUUUUUUUUCAUCACUUCGCAAAUUUUGGUACUGGCAGAACUGCGUAAAAGUUAGUUGACAAUUUUUAGAUUGAUUUGAUGGAUUGAAUUAAAUGCCAAGAAAAAGCGGAAAUGUAUUUUGCUUGUGCUUCAUGCAUAUUACCAUAUCUUCUUCUUCGAUCACAAGUUUCCACCUGUGCUCGCACUAUGGAAAAGAUUUAUAUCAAUCCUAAACCCGAGCGCGCGCAGUUUUCCCUAGUGGGACAUUUUUCAAAAUUUCCCUGAAACAGAGGAGAAUGACCUUUUCUGCGAAAAUUCGACAUUCGAACAAAGAAAAUUUUGACGCUAUCCAAUUUCAUGAAACAGAACAAUGAUAAAAUUUUCUUAGUACUCGAAGGAGAUUUGAUUGCUUUUCGUAGAAACUUGAUUACACUCACGAAAUAAAUCGCGCUUUGAUCAGAACUUCCAUCCCAUAGAAAACUAGUUAUUCCUCCAAACGUUUUGAUAGUUGAAAGUUGAGUUUUUGAAAAAACAAGCUCUAACAAAUAUGAUUAUUGAUGAAAUGACAUUCAGGACAAAGACGGCUUCAUUGAGAAAGCCGAGAUGAUCAGCUGCGUCCGCGAACUUUCUCUGCAACAUUCGUUCCCUCGAGCUGUCAUUGAGCAGCUUUUCACGGAAGCUGACAUUGACGGAGACGGCAAAAUCUCCUUUGACGGUAUAGAAUCUUUCUAUUUUUUUCAAGAAGUUUUUCUCGAACUUUUUUUGAAUUGACUUCAAAUUUUUCGUUCUAAUGGUUCUUAUCUUUCAUAAAUUUAUGGAGCCAAAGAAGACAAAAUCUUUCGAAGCAAAUUUUUUUAAGGACUUUCAACUAAAAAAAUUUUUUUAUAUCAGAAGAAAUGAGCUUCUUUUUAGCCGAAUUUGUGAAAAAUUACUACAGAUAGGCGAUACUUCCGAUAAUGAAAACUCUUUGAAAUCUUCGUCAAGCUAAUGGCGAAUAGAAAAAAACUUUUCUAUUUCAUUAUUAUUCCACUUUCUUUCUCCUUUCCGGUCAAAAAUCCACUUUUCGAAAAAAAUAGAGCACAAGGAAACGCUUUCAUAAUGCAUAUUUGGAGUGGACAGAGCUCGAAUUUCAAUUGGACGAUUCUCAUAGCAAUCACUCGCCUUUUUUUCAACUUAUUUCAGAAAAAAAGAAUGAAAAAUAAUCUUUUUUUCACUAGACUAAAUUGAAUACUCGGUUUUUUUUUUUGAUUUAUUUUAAAUAAUUACUCGAUAAAAUGGCACAUUUUCACAGCUUAAACUAGCUUUAAACUUGAAAAAAAAUUUGUGAACAUUGUUCCCUUUUUUUAUGCAUUUUACUGCUGUUUAAAACACGCUCCAAAAGAGGUUGUCCGUAAAAAGCGGUUCAUUGAUCUCAAAUUGUUUUUUUGAUGGGAUCUUUUUCCGAAACUGUAUGAUUUUUUUCAGAAUUUGUCCUUGCUGUUAACUAA